AUGAGCACAACUGGUCAUCGAGCCGGCAGUUUCAAAAAACCGGCAAAAAUCCACAAGUCCUGGAAGGGAAAGAGAACGAAAGGCGAGAUCAAUGAUGCUAAUCGUGGUGAGAAAAUACUCAAGUUUCGAAAUUUCGUCGGAAUUUUUACUUUUCUUGCUUUGAGAUAAGUUAAAUAUAUGGUUCGAAAGGGGAAUCGAGAAGUCGAUGCAAGUUGGUAUAGCUGAUUCACGGCUGUCUUAAGCCAUCGGAAAAAGGGUCCUGACACGAUAAUGCACGAGAUAGUGCCUAUCUCGUGGAGGGCGCAGACAGGCUAUGCCCUCUCAGUGUCCCAAGCUAGGCGUGAAUCAGCUAUUCCGGGUAGCUACCGCUUGAGGUACCUACUUAUUAGCUACUUUCAUGAUACCGGAAAGCAUACGCUCGUCAGAAAUCAUACCCGGGUGGAAAUUUUCGAAAAUCGCUCGGAGACCUCUUUGAUGGAGCAAAUGAAGGUCCUGGAAAUAUUCACGUGCAAAAUUUUCUGGCUAUUUGGAGAAGUGCAUUUCAAAGUCUCUUAAUGGACUCUUUGACAAAUUUUGAUGGUCUUUUUUAGUGUUGAUACGCUUUUAUUAAAGAUAAAAAGUUGUGCGGUCUGAGAGUUCUAGGAUUUUCUCUUAGUGCAUCAAGGAGUGUUCUUCAAAAAUUUAUUCAUUAAGUUUUAUUUUGAUGAAUUAUAACGAUGACGUUGACAAAUUAAAAUGAGCUUUGUUAGCUUUUUUCGAAACUUGUUGACGUGACUCGACUUUUUCUAGUAUGAACUAAAUUUGAGGUCGAGAAGGAGUCAAGGAAAUCGUGAGAGGCUCCAGAGCCUCGCGCUCUAUUUCGAAGGAUGUUCGACGACAGCAGUCGAGGCAAAUCCGCGCCGCCAAAAUGCAGGCCGUCUUCCAGAAGCGCCGUUCAUCCGACGCCCCUGUCGUCGUGGUCCGUUUUCCCUGUUGGAAGCUGAAAAAGAAAAAAGCUUGAAAAAAUGAGAAAAAAAGCAGCGAUAAGAAAAUAAUUCUUGAAAUCUGUCAAUUUUUGAGAGGAUUUUUUUCUCGAAAAAGAUUAUUCCAAAAUCAUUUUUAGCCUCAAAUUCAUACAAUCUUUAAAGAAAUAGAAACAUUGUUUUUUUUUUUUUGCCUUGCGCGCUUCAGAGAAUUCGUGCCAAGAGCAAAAAACUGAGAGCGUAUGUUUUCCAGACUGUUCUCUCUUUGGGGAAUGGCGCCAGCGCCGGAGAAUUUGUCUCGAAAGUCCUGAAAAGCGAUGAAACUGUCGUUCGAACACAGGGACAUCGUUCGAUUCAUGCGGCGUGAGUUUUUAUUUUUUUUUUCUUUGAAAUCUUUCUCAGGUGCUGAAAUGUCGGUUUAUGCUUUUUUUUUUUCAUUUCUUUUUCUGUCGUUCCGAGUUUUUAUCAACCUCAUGAAGAACUUUCAAAUUAAGUAAAAUGAAAUCACUAUUUUUUUAGUUUUUUCCGGAGUGAGACCCUUCUAUUUCAAUUUUUUUGAAAGGGCUUUCGAAAAGGCAGUAAACGCAUCGUUGAAAAUCGUUUUGCAGAGUUUCUCGCUUCAAAUCUCGUCUUUGCUUCCUAACGCCAUCCCAACAAAUGAUGGACGAUGUCCUGGACAGUGUCAAGGUAGGUUUUUGCUUUUGUAGUUCCUCUUUUUAAUAUGUAUGUCGUUAUCGCAUACCUCAUUGAACUUUCAAAAGACCAGAUAAGUAAGGAUUUUUAAUUUCGAAAUCAAAAAAUCUAUUGCGAGUUUUUGUGAUACAAUGCGGCUUUUUUCGAAAGUAAAUGUGAAUUUCGUACCUUAUCAAUUAUGCCGACUACCUAAAAGUCCAUCCUUCGACUUGCAAAAAAAGGAGGAUAAAUUGGAAUAUUUAGAUCUGCGACAUUUUAUGCGUUUUGUGGCCUUUGGACGGGAACAUCAGCGACUGGGACAACCUUCUCCUCAGUUUGGUGAAGGCCAACGGUAUUAGCCAUCUUUCAUCUUUGCUCUCCUUAUUUUUGUCUUAUACUCGUAUGAAAAUACUUUCCAUCGUCUUCUCAAUUUUUGGAUGAAAAUACUGUCCCAUAUCGAACUUCGAAUCAAAAGUUUAUUUUUGUGAAUAAGAAAAACUUUCUUUCACUCGUAGAAAAUCAAUUUUCUUUUAGGUGCCUUGAUCUUUUUUUGGACAUCUUUUUUUUAUAGGGAUCCCGAAGGUGGUGAACGUCGUUCCGGGGCUGAGCAUGAUUCCUGCCAAAAAACGCGAAGAAAUGCGCAAGAAUAUUGAAUCUCACAUCGCCAAUUGGUAAUUUUUUCUGGCUUUGUGCGGAUUUUGAAAUUUUUAUUUCAAGCUCUCAUCGAAUUUUGCUAUUUUCUCUGUUAAUUGCGAAUCGGAGAAAGCUAGUUUCUGUAUUUUUUGUGUAGCCGCUUCAAUCAGCCGUUUCAGAAGUUUCCAGCGCCACUUUUUUGUAAUAGGGAGUUUGACCAGACUUCGAGAUCAUACCGAAUUCUGAUGCAGAAUAUUCAAAGAAAAGCUGAUAUUAGAACUUUUGCAGGAGCCUAAACGCGACCGGGAUUUCUUUGGCCGACAGUCCCACCGACGGAAUUCAGUUUCUGCGUUCCCUGAUCGAAACGAAGAAAAAGCCGCUUUCUCUCCAGACUUAUCAUCCUUAUAUGUACGUCGAGAAGCUCGACGUUCGGGAUAGAACGGUAAAUUUUGAAUUUUUCAUUCCAUUAUUUUUAUCUAAUGUCUUAUAUUAACAACUUAUCAAUCAAAAUUUGUGUUAAAUUGAAACCCAUAAUUUUGCCUUUCCCUCUCCAAAAUGACCGUUGAUCGCGUUUGACGUGUUGAAUAUUCUGACCGUUCAGUUCACUAAAUAUGAAAUGAACUGAUAAGAAAUCACUGUUCAGUCGAAGCUUAGAACUCGAUCGUUCAUUUGAAUGAUCUGUUGAAAGUUCGAUUGUUCGUUCAUCGGUCAUAAUUUGACACAUCAAGUUUUCGACAUUUCGUUUGACGAUCAUUGAAAUGACCUGCCGCUGAAAGUUCAUACGAUCAUCGUCCAAACGGUCAUUUUGGAAAGCUCUAAUUCAAUGUCCUAAUGCCGUGUUCAACGUGAUUCCGCGAAAUUCAAAAUGAACGUCAGAGAAAGAAACCUACAAUUACAUUUUUGAGAGUCAGAGAUAAUUUCACAUUUCGCCGUAAUAACUUUGAACAUGGCAUAAAACAUAUCGAAAAAAUGAUGGAGGAAAUAAAUAGGAUGAAACGUGUACAUUGGUGGCGAGCGGAUAUCUGCGAGGUCCUGAGUGGAAUGCCAACCAUUUGGUCCACAUUCCUGGAUUCGGCGAUUUCCAGGUUCAGCUUUUCCUCUCUAUUUCGCUCAUCUGACGUGUUAUCUAGAUAAAUCACAUCGCAAAGGCUCAAGACCCUCAUCCGCUCAAGGUUUUUUGUUUGAAAGAAUUUUCAGUUUUCGGACGGUUUCAGGCAGGCGGCAAACCGAUGGAAGAACUUGAAAAGAUUGCUCAGCCGAUUCCGCAGAAGCAGCAACAGUUGCAGGUAAGAAACUUAGAUUCUAAUAAAUAUUGUGACUUUUUUCUAGGUUUUUACUCUUCAUUUCAAUUUUCCAGGUGGAAAUAGUUCCUGACGAUCUGAACGCGGAACAAACUUGGCCCACUCAGGAAGAGUUGAAUGCUGUUGAAAAAGGUUCGGAUUUCUUUUGUUGAUGGGUGAAAAAUAAACUAGAAAGUUCAAUAUAUGAUCGGUAGGCGAAACUGAUAAGAAAAUCAAUGAAAUGAGAGGUUUUUCGUACAAAUCAAACCGAAUCUCACAUGAAGAAAGAAAGUGACAAAUUGGACUUACUCCAUCACAUGUUUGUUUGUUUCGAUCUUCCUCUCACCACAGAUAGUUGUCCUUGUCCUCACGACCUCAUCUCCUUCAUUGAUCAAUAAUCUCUUUCGUUUCACCUUCAUACCAUUCACUCUUUUUCUUUCUUUUUUCAAUUAAAUCUUGCGCCUAGAUGUAAUUCUAGAAAGUUUUCGAUGGUUUUUGGAAUCUAGACAGGAGAGAAAUUCUGACGAUAGGUUGUCCUGCAAGCCGUCAAUUCUGAAGACCAGAAUCGCGUUAUAUGAUAAGAUCUAACUUCAAGAAUUCCAGUUCAUUGCUCAACUGCGGUAGUUUCUUGUGAUUUUUUUUUUCUGGCGCAAAAAAUAUUGCGAAGAAAAAAGUUCAUAGGGCCGAAAAUCACCCAUCAAGCUUUUUUUUUUUUGAAGGAACCUGAACGUAUACCAGUAAGAAUCGAGAAUUAUUUUCAGAAAAGCGAAGAGUGCCGAAAGGAACGUCUUCCUACCAGGCGACGUGGAUCAUCAACGACGAAGACGAAGAUGAUGACGAGGACGACGAAGACGAAGAAGAUUCUGAAGAGGAAGUGGGGUCAACCUUUUCUCUGCGGGUUGAUUUUGAGAUUUUGAGAUGGACGGCGACUUUGCCCCGGAAGAAGAAAUGGAAGAAACCGAGGAGGUCGAAAUGGAAAAAUCAGUGUUUGGCGACUCGGAGAGCAUCUUUGCCGGUGACAUGGACGACGAUAUCGACAUGCAAGAGGUUUUUAUUUGCGCUUUCGAACUUCAGAGAUCCUCCUUAAGUUAGUGUAGGCUCGAGUCUGCUCAGAAAGAGCUAUAAGCAUAUAGUUUUUUUUUAAUAAGAAGAAGAUCAAAGAGUUCUUUUCAGGUUGAAAAGUACCGAAGAGAGCGUGAGAACGCCCAGUUUCCCGACGAAGUCGACACGCCGAUUGACGUUCCAGCGAGAGUUCAGUUCCAGCAGUACCGCGGACUGAAGAGUUUCAGGUGCUGGUCACCAGAAGAGCUAGUUUAUAAUAUCUUGAUUCCAGGACAUCCGAGUGGGAUGUCAAAGAGAACUUGCCGUUGAACUACGCCAGGAUAUUCCAGAUCGCCAACUUCAAAAGAACCAAGAAACAGGUUCUGAAGCAUCUGAACGAAGACGACGACGACGCCGUCGUUGACUCGCAGUACAACGGCGUCUUCGCCAAUGUCCACAUCGCAAAUGUUCCCGUCAGCAUCGCCGGUAGGCCUUUCAUUCCUUAUCAGGAAGUUGCGAAACAACGAAACGUUUGAAUCACGGAAAUCGUAACCUCCAAACCUUUGGAAAAAGAGAAAUUUUAAUUAUUGAGAAUUUUUCUAGUUUGUUCCGCUGAAAUAGUUUGUUUUUCUCUUCCUAGAUAGUUCAGACGGUAAAAAGGAGCUUUUUUUGAGGUCCUCGGUUUCAGCCGCCUCUAGCAGACUAGAUAUAUAUACGAAAUUGCAGUUUGGAAAAAAUAAAUAUCCUUACGGUUUUUUUUUUGUGGUUCUGAUAAACCUGAAGAUUUUUGAGCACAAGUUUGGAUAAAGAAUUCUAGGUAGAAGCUUAGGAACGAGAACAGUCAGAUAGAGUGAAGUAUUUUCAAAGAAUCCCGGAUUUUUAUUCAGAGAAUUUACUAAUCUCUAACAAAAACUUGUUUGCUUUUUGUGAAAAGCCCUUGAAUGAGAUGAUCGUCGAUAAGGGACUUCAGAGGCGUUCAACGAAGACUCGACUCUGGUGCUGUUCCAGUUGCUCCCGCACGAGCAGCGAAUGUCCGUGAUGAACAUGGUCCUCCGUCGACAUCCCACCUGCACAGUUCCUCUCACGAGCCAUCAAGUUCCUCGUCCCAAACUCGGCUUUUUCCUCAUUUUCCCAUUGCAGAAGUUCAUUUUCUACGUCGGAUUCCGCAGUUUCACCGCCGAGGCUCUUUUCAGCCAACACACAUCCGGGGACAAGUUCAAAGUCUGUCGAAAUGGGCGCUUUUCAACCUAGGAGGCUUGCAUUUCAGAUGGAGAGGUUCAUGCCGACGGAUGGACCUUUCGUGGCCACCGUUUUCGCUCCAAUCACCUUUCCUCCAGCUUCGGUGCUUGUCUUCCGUCUCGACGAUCAUGGAAGACAAGUGUGUAUCUUUUUUCGAAAGGACAUGAGUCCAAAAUUUGAACAUCAACGUUUUAGAAAUUUUCUCCCAACUUUUGGGAGAAGCUUUUUGUAGCAAUAGAUUAUGACAUACGUAAACUUAUAUGCUUUUGUACAAUGGGUUUUUUAGCCUUCAUAAAGAAACAUGUGCAAAUAUAUGGGAAUUAUUCUUGAUUCUCUAUAACGUUUUUUCUCAGGAACUGGUAGCCACUGGAUCAGUGCUGGACAACAACCCAGACAGAGUUGUGCUAAAGAGAAUCGUUCUCUCCGGUCAUCCGUUCAAGAUCAACAGAAGGGCCGUCGUCGUCCGGUACAUGUUCUUCAACAGAGGUUUCCGAUUCCAUCUGAAGCAAAAAUUGUUUUUAUUUUCAGAGGAUAUCGAGUGGUUCAAGCCUAUUGAACUCUACACGCCGAGUGGCCGCAGAGGUCAUAUCCGAGAGCCUUUAGGUAGGAUCUCAGAUUCUAAAAUGAGCGUCAGAACUUGUUCAGGAACUCAUGGGCACAUGAAAUGCCGGUUCGACCAGCAGCUGAACGCCAUGGAUUCCGUCAUGCUCAAUUUGUACAAGCGCGUCUUUCCUACAUGGACCUACACACUUUUUGUACGACAGUCGAAUCUCUUUUCUGAAUUUCUUCCUUCUUUCAGGAUAAAAAUACGGCCAAGCCGAGCAGAAUCGCCGAGCGAGAUUCUAAAACGUCAACUAUUCUUGUAAAUCGAAUGGAGGAAUAG